AUGCACAGGAAGACAAGGAAUUCACACACUUUGAUUGAAACCCAAAAGUUGCAGAAUCUGUUGGAAGAGGUCACUCAGCUGAGGGUGGAGAUCAGUAGUUUGAAGGAAUUGAGCCAGAUGGCUUUGGAACCCUGUGUCAAGACAGACUGGGCCCUCAAGAGCUCUGGAGCCACCAUUGACACACAAAGAACUUCCCAGACCUAUGACUGCAAAGACAGCUGUCUCUGCAGGAUUUUACGCUUCUUUUGGACUGCCAGCCCUCCUGAUACUAUUCUGCAGCCAAACAUUUCCCCAGGAAACUGCUGGGCUUUCAAAGGGCAUCAGGGCCAGGUUGUCAUCAAGUUGCCAGCACGAGUCUACCUGACUGCCAUCACAAUGCAGCACAUCUCCAAAGAUGCCUCUCCAAGUGGGACCAUCAUCAGUGCCCCCAAAGACAUAGCUGUCUUUGGAGUGGAUGCAGACAGAGAAGAGGAAACUCUCCUGGGGGUGUUCACCUACAAUGUGGAGAAAAACCCCACGCAGACUUUCCCUCUGAAGAACAUGCUGCUCCCCAGAGCCUUUUCACGUGUCAAACUUCUUGUGAAAAGCAACUGGGGAAACCCGUGGUAUACCUGCAUUUACCGAGUGAAGGUUCAUGGAAAAAUAGAAAACCAGAAAGCCUCAACCCAGGGCCAAGAUAAAUAA